AUGCCUAUGCUAGAGAUGGAGCCAAACGACCCCGGAACCGAUUCCAACCCUCUGCCAGUUGAGCUACCAGAGUACCUGUCACUGGAAGUUCUGUCCUUGGAGUAUCGCAAGCCGACUGAGUCUUCCCUGAGUGAGGCGCCCUCUGCUACCUGUACCCAGACGUUUCCAUUCAUGUGUCUCCCUAAGGAUGUACGUCUAUGCGUGUACGAUCAGAUCGCCUCCGAACCUAUUUACCACACCCUGCCCGGACCUUAUGCUGGUGUCCCGUACGCGCGUUCCGAUAUGUCGAUGCUACGCUGCAGCCGGGAAGUAUACAUGGAAGCAAGGUGCAUCCUACAGCAGGGGGCUAAGGAGCAACCAAACACUCUUACAGUACAGCUAGCAGGUCGCCUAGACAGCAGCAACGACAGACAGGCCGUCCACCUUGUGGCUGGCGGCGACAUGACUGUCUACAUCCUGCUCAACAACUGGGUCCUGGAUCCUAUCGAAGGACAGUGGAACGUACUUGCGCAUAUAGUACAAUUGCUUGGCCGCGAUUGCACGGGCACCGUGACCCUGCAAUUUCUAGCGCCUUGCCACAAGGUUGAUCACUAUCGCGCAGCCUUUGUAGCAGCCUGGUCGCCUGAUUACAUAGCGCCCGCCCGGUGGUCCGUCGACGUAGUUCAAGAGGCCUUUCACCAAAAGGACGACAAAAGCAAGUUUGGGAGGACUGUGUAUAGACUUCGGAAGCUUGAAGCUCUUGCUUUAGAGAAGACGGUACAAGCAGCUAGGAUUGAGGCACAAUCGGCGGUGAUGGUGGUGCAGGCAGAAGCACAGAGAGCGGAAGCUGCGAGGAUCCGCGCAGAUGCGGCAAGAACCGUUGAGGAAGCUGUAAACAUCUGCCUCCAGUAUGCUAAGCAGAAUUUGGAGUCAUGGGCGUCGCAGCAAAAGCGCACAUAG